CGCGCGCGCGGACAGACGCGGAAGAACACGUCCCGACACGUGGUACGAGCGCACGAACCGGAUCACGUGAUCCUGCCGAGGCGAAGUGCGGGGGGUGGAUUUUAGCAUCAUGGCGGAGCGCAGGAGACACAAGAAGCGGAUUCAGGAGGUGAGUGAACCGACCAAGGAGGAGAAGGUGGUGGCCAAAUACCUGCGAUUCAACUGUCCUACCAAGUCCACCAACAUGAUGGGCCACCGAGUCGACUACUUCACCGCCUCUAAAGCGGUGGACUGCCUGUUGGACUCUAAAUGGGCCAAAUCAAAGAAACCUGAGGAAGCUUUAUUCACCACCAGAGACUCUGUGGUUGAUUAUUGCAACAGGCUUCUGAAGAAGCAGUUUUUCCACCGAGCCCUGAAGGUGAUGAAGAAGAAACCGGAGAAAGAUCUGAAGAAGGAGAAGCUGAAAGCUGAUGGAGGCAAAGAGGAGGAGAAGAAGAGCAAAAAGGAGAAAGAAAAGGAGAAAGAGGAAGAAAAGAAGAGCAAGAAGGAGAAAGAGAAGGAGAAGAAGAAAGACACUGAGGCCUCAGACAGCAAGAAGGAGAAGAAUGAUGAAAGUCCUGGAUCCCCAAAGAAGAAGAAGGAGGUGAAGAAGAAGUUUAAACUGGAGCCUCAUGAAGACCAGCUGUUUCUGGAUGGGAAUGAGGUGUAUGUGUGGAUUUAUGACCCAGUUCACUUUAAAACCUUUGCUAUGGGACUGGUGUUGGUGAUUGCAGUCAUAGCGGCGACACUGUUCCCCCUGUGGCCGGCGGAGAUGAGGGUGGGUGUGUAUUACCUGAGUGUGUGUGCAGGUUGCUUCGUCGCCAGCAUCCUCCUCCUCGCUGUUGCUCGCUGUAUUUUAUUCCUGAUCAUCUGGUUGGUCACUGGGGGGCGCCAUCACUUCUGGUUCCUUCCCAAUCUGACUGCAGACGUGGGCUUCGUGGACUCGUUCCGUCCCAUUUACACGCACGAGUACAAGGGCCCUCAGACAAGCGGCAAGAAGGGCACGGGGGAGUCCGAGUCCGAUGUAAAGGGCGGCAAGACGCAGAAAUCAGACAGCGAGGACAAAUCAGACACCGAGAAGAAGGAGGAGGAGGAAGAGGAAGAGGAGGCAGGGAACGAGGCGGAGCGGCGCUCAGAUUCGGACAGCGAGCGCAGAGAGGACGACGGCUCGCAGCACAGCAACGGAAACGACUUCGAGAUGAUCACGCGUGACGAGCUCGAGCAGCACACCGACGAAGAGGAGGAGGAGGAGGAGGAAGGAGAAGAGGAGGAGGAGGCGGAGCCUAAACCACACCAGACGUAAACCGUAAACAUUCAUUGAGAUGAGAUUCGCCCAUCACAUCGAACACUGCGAUCUUCCACUACAGACACACACACGGGUCAGAGGUCAACUCCACCCGCAGGGUCGCAAUAGGGCUUCUGGCGGCCAUCUUGGAUUUCCUUUAUUUCCUGGUUAAAAGACGCACUCAGACAGACACACACACACACACACACACACACACACACACACACACACACACACCAUGUCCUUGUUUACCGGUUGUGUAAUCAGCAUAAACUCUUCCCGUGUGUGUGUGUGUGUGUGUGUGUGUGUGUGUGUGUGUGUUCAUUGUAGGCUGCUGUUCAGUUUGGACCAAUGUUUCUUAUUCUACCAUGUGUGUGUGAAUCUCCAACAGGUUCAUUGUGGUUCUCACAAGACUAAAGUAGGCAGAAUCAUCAUCUAGGCCCCGCCCCUUUCCUAUUGGUCCACAUCCACAGCGUUGUCCUUCAUUAGUGCCAAAUCACCUGUACGCAUCACUUCCUGUUUUACAUUAAACUCCCGUAGCAAGGUUAAAGAUUAUGACCUGUCCUCUCAUGCUCUAGAUACCAGAUUAGCAAGUAGGACUUGUCUCGGUUGCCAUGGCAACCAAUCCACCGACUUCCUGUGGCUGUGUCCUAAACCGCACCGUAAAGUGUUUGUGUGUCCUACACCUUUUAUAUACCUUUGCUGUGUAAAACAAGUCAUUUUCAUUUAUUUAGCUGUCAUGUGAUCUGUUGCUGUACACACACACACACACACACACACACACCGCUAACCCUUACACAUGCUUGUCUUGUCAUUUCAGCCUCAUGCUCUUCAGGAUGUUUUCAUCACGUCACAGUGAUCUUUUCUACCUCACCUGCUAACCCCUGCUCACUGCUAGCUGUUAGCAGUGUGCAGUGUGUGUGUGUGUGUGUGUGUGUGUGUGUGUGUGUGAGAGAGAGAGAGAGAGAGAGAGAGUUGUCUCUGUGGGCGUGGCCUGUCCAUCAAAUCUUGUUUUAAUCUUGAUGAGAAUCUAGUAUCGGUACAGUGGGAGCUCAACAUCUGUAAUGUGCGGUGGUGCCGAGACAUGUGACUCGAUGGACUGUGGUUUGGGACACCGCCGAGCCCGGCCCUCAGAAUAUUUCACUUUUCUGUAUGUAAACAUGUUUACCUGAAAUAAUCACCAUGUAUACAUGCUAUGUGCGGGAAGAUUCAGAACCCCCAGCCCACACACACACACACACACACACACACACACACACACACACACACACACGCCGGAGUGCGUUCUGUAAUUUCUGACUCGUUGGUGUAGGGAAACUUGAGGCUCGAAUCCUGGAACUGUUAGCAGCAUUUCUUACUGAUCUGUUCGUCUCAUUUGCAUACUCAUUUGCAUAUUCCAGUUUUCUCCGUUCGCUCGGUGACGUCAUGCUCACGUGCCAGCAGGUGUUUAUUUUUUAUCUAUAUUUCCAGAUAGAUAUAAAGCCGAGCCUCGGCCUGUUGUUAGUAAUUAUAAUAAUUAUAAUAAUGUAUUAAUACGUGCAGCGUUCCUCAUAUUUCUAAAUGUGUACAAAUAAAAGAAAAAUGUGUACAAAA